UCUCGCCGCUUCCCGACGCUUCGGGAGCCCGGCUCCGCACUGUCGGCGUGCGCGCCGCGUGCCGCCUCCCGUCCUCUCCGGAAAACUCCGGCGCGGCUUUCUUUCUUCCUCCGCCUUCUUCAAGGCUCCAGUCCAGCUGCUCGCUCCCACCACCCUUCGCCUCCCCAAGCUUCGUCUUCGCCCGCACUCCCUCCCAGCAACCGCCGCCCCGGAGAGUCCCGGAUUUCGUGGCCAUCUCCGUCGCACGAUCGAGUGGCGAGGAUGACUGAACAAUUAUACACUGUGGCAUCUGACAGUGAAACCACUGGGGAAGAUAAGUCGCAGAUGUCGUUUCCUGAUGUUGCUAUUGGAAUCGACAUUGGGACCUCAAAUUGUAGUGUUGCCGUUUGGACUGGCCAUCAGGUUGAACUCCUCAAAAACACUCGCAACCAGAAAGGGAUGAGGUCAUAUGUGAUGUUCAAAGAUGACAGCCUUUCAGCAGGAGUUACAGGAGGAGCAACCCGGGAACAUGGACAUGAGGAAAGAGAUAUUUUGUCAGGAAGUGCCAUAUUUAACAUGAAACGUUUGAUUGGGAGAAUGGACACAGAUGAAGUGGUUCAAGCUAGCAAGAGCCUUCCUUUUCUUGUGCAGACAUUGGGUAUUGGGGUGAGACCAUUCAUUGCAGCACUGGUGAACAAUAUGUGGCGGUCUACCACUCCUGAAGAAGUUCUUGCCAUCUUUCUCCUUGAAUUGAAGGCCUUGGUAGAGAUGCAUCUCAAACAUCCGGUGAGGAAUGCUGUUCUUACCAUUCCAGUUGCAUUCAGUCGGUUUCAACAGACCAGGAUUGAGAGAGCAUGUGCGAUGGCUGGGCUGCAUGUGUUACGGCUCAUGCCAGAGCCGACCGCUAUCGCACUUUUGUAUGCCCAACAGCAGCAGCAAUUGCUACAUGACAAUAUGGGAAGUGGCAUUGAGAAAAUUGCUCUGAUAUUUAACAUGGGUGCUGGCUACUGUGAUGCUGCUGUGGCUGCCACUGCUGGAGGUGUUUCUCAGAUAAGAGCACUUUCAGGAAGCACUGUUGGUGGAGAGGAUAUCCUUCAGAAUGUCAUGCGCCAUCUCAUGCCUGAUUUUGAUAGUCUAUAUGCUGGUCAAACAAUGGACAGAAUCAAGUCAAUUGGCUUACUCCGGAUGGCAACUCAGGAUGCAAUUCACAAACUGGCUACGCAGGAGCAUGUGGAGAUCAAUGUAGAUUUGGGGGCUGGCCACAAAGUGUCAAAGAUCUUGGACCGUGGAGAAUUUGAAAAGGUGAAUCAGUCUAUUUUUGAGAAAUGUGAAGGGAUCAUCAAGCAAUGCCUGGCUGAUGCAAAGUUAACACCAGAGGACAUCAAUGAUGUGAUAUUGGUUGGAGGAUGUUCCAGAAUUCCUAAAAUCAGAAGCGUUGUCCUUGGCUUAUGCAAGAAGGACGACUCUUACAGUGGUAUAGACCCACUUGAAGCUGCAGUUUCAGGGGCUGCUUUGGAAGGAGCCAUUGCCUCAGGAGUAUCUGACCCUUCAGGGAGCCUGGAUCUGUUGACAAUUCAGGCAACUCCAAUGAACCUUGGAAUUCGUGCUGACGGCGGUAACUUCGCCGCAAUCAUUCCAAGGAACACUGCUGUUCCUGCGAGAAGGGACAUGCUCUUUACCACAACCCACGACAAUCAGACCGAAGCUCUCAUUGCCGUCUAUGAAGGCGAAGGGAAUCAGGCUGAAGACAACCAUCUAUUGGGAUACUUCAAGAUCACCGGUAUUCCAGCAGCAGCAAAGGGCACCGUCGAAAUCAAUGUCUGCAUGGACAUCGACGCUGGCAAUGUCCUCAGGGUAUUCGCCGGCGUCGUCAAGCCUCAGGGCCAGGCUGUUCCACCGUUCAUUGAGGUGAGGAUGCCAACGCUAGACGAUGGCCAUGGCUGGUGCGGACAGGCUCUCGCCAAGAUGUAUGGCAGUACGCUUGACCUGGCUACUAUCCCGAAGAAGCUGCAUCCUUGAGAAAUUGCAUAUCGUCGCAUGUAGUUGUAUGACUCCAUUAUCUAAAAAAAAUGUAGUUGUAUGACUCGUAUCAUCCGGUGCCGUAGUUCGUGCAUAUGUGGUUCGACCGUGUCAUGAUGGUUACUUGGUUCAGUAGCUUGUUUGCCGGACUUUUUACAUGUAAACAUAAAGAGUGCCAAUGUCAUCUCUGUACAAAAAAUGUGUGUCGCGUGUAUAGAAUAAAUCAAUGUUACCGGCUGUUCGGAACUCGAGUAUUCCACUUUGUAUAACACUAGAGUAGAAAACUAAAGGUGUCUAAUCCGUUGCUUGUGAAA